CAAAUAUUAGGCGGGCCAGUGGGCAUCAAAAGGAGACGUAGUAAAGCCCAAUAUACAUAUGGGCCAUAGGCCCAUACUAAAAAUGGUAUCCCGUUUGGGCCUUUUAUGAUGAACAUAUGACAUUUUACAGAAACCAAAUACAUAUGGGAACUUCCAAGCUGCAAUUUUUUAACAACUGUAAACUCAACCAAAAAAAAAUAAAAAAUCAACUGCACAAAUAAGGAAAAAGCAAAGUGAUAGUAUGCCGAGGGUGACAAAGCUUCUCCACAGAGCUCGUAAAGCCUUCCCAGAUUUGGAUUUGCUUAAAAUUUUGGAAUCUGAGCUCAAUUACGAACUCUCCUCUUUGCGGCAUCAGGAUGAAAAAAAUGGAUCAUUUGGGGAUUUUGUAGUGGAAUGGGACUCUCCCAAGUCCCAAGACGUAGUCUUGAGAAAAAAAUGCUCGUCGGGUGAGGAAUUAGCUGUCUCGGCAUUGUUGGGCCGUUACACGUUUCAAGGGGACGGGAGGCUGCCCAGGGAAGCUUUGAUGAAAAUAUGUGUAAAGAAACCCGAUAUGAACUCGAUCUUGCAGUUUGAUUGUGUGGCCUCCAAUAGAGGAGAGCUCGAUUUCGACAUUCAGAAUGCUCAUUGCUUAUUGCCCUCUAAACCCUUUGAUUCCUCAACUUAUAGAGGGCCCCUGUUCAGUGAUUUGGACCCGUCUUUGCAAAAUGGGCUGAGACAAUACUUAGCUGCUAGAGGCAUAGAAAAGAACUUUGCAAACUCACUCCUUAUCCAUCUGCACAAUAAGGAGCACGGUCAAUACAUGAACUGGUUGCAAAAACUGACGAAUAUGAUGACGAAAAACGAGUAAAAAUAAAUGUACCCAAACUCACCAAACCCGUUGAAAUUUCCAACUGGACCAUUUUUGCCGCUAUGCUAUUGGUAUUGUAAGUCUUGUUUAACUCAACUCUCAGUUGUUGCGAGCCAUGCAUUUUAACAGUUAAUAAUCACGAUUAUAUAUGUGAACAUUUUUUGGAUUUCUAGAUAGAUUAAAAAAAGCACUAUUUUAUUUUGUGUGCAGAAUAAAAAUUUCCCCCCAAUCUUGGUUUUAUGGUGCCCUAUGCUAUAUUUAUAAGUAAUUUUCCUGAGGUCUAAGUAGAAAUCAAAUAGUGACAGCCAUUGUGGUGGUGUAACUUAUUGAGAAAAAAAUGAUCAAGAAUAUUGGAAGUGGAAUAAAGAUAAAGAUGC